AUGCUCGACAAACUCGUCGGUCUCGCCAUGCUCGUGGCCGCCUCCGUCGUCUUCCUCUACUACAGCAUCUGGACCCUCCUGAUGCCCUUCGUCGACGCCGACCACCCCCUCCAAGCCUUUUUCCCGCCCCGCGUCUGGGCCAUCCGCCUCCCUGUCAUCCUCGUGCUGCUCGGCAGCGCCGUGGUGGGAUCCUUCCUGAGUGUGGUGAUGAUCCGCAGCAACCGGAAGAAGGCGGCUAAGGCGAAGGCUGCGGCUGCUAAGAAGAAGGCUUGA